AUGGCCGCGCUGCACAGGCUAAAAAGCCUGUUUCCGCCCGCUGUACGUGCGCUGCACUCGCAGGCCACGCCACCCACACCGUCCUCCACCGCACAGGCACUCAGUCUCAUCCGCACACAACCAUCACAAUAUAUCAUCGCUUCGAUAGCAGGCCGGAAAUACCUCCUCGCCCCGCGCGACCUGCUCACCGUACCACGGCUCAAGGACGCCUCAGUCGGCGACGUCCUCGCCCUCGACCGGAUUCACGAAGUCGGCUCGCGCGAUUACACAAUUCGCGGCAACCCGGAGCUUUCACCGGAAACCGUCCGCGUAGAAGCGACCGUCGUAGAGCACACGAAGGGGAAGAUGGAGCACAUCUUCAAGAAGAAGCGGCGAAAGGGGUACGAGAGGACGAUCAUGCACAAGCAGACAUACACUCGUCUGCGGAUAGGGCCACUUGACAUUCAUCCUCCCGCGUCUUCAUAGCAUUUUCCUUGCUUUUUUUUUUUGCGUUCUUUUAUUGUACUUUCAAUCAUAUUUUCGGUGGCUCGAUGGACAUAACAUGACAUUGCGAAGCGAUGACGACAAGAAAAAGCAGAUAACUAGCAUGAGACAAUAC